AUGCGUCAAUAAAACCAUAAAAACACUUUUUUAAAAACUAUCCCGUUUACUUCUAUAUUUGUGGAGGCUUUGAAGUAAUCUUCAAUGUGGGUAUCAUCAAAUUAUAUUGAUGGGAAUAGUUAAUUUUAAGGCAAGUUACUUUUAAAAGUAGAUAGUCAAUGGGAAUCAGUAUAACUCAAUCUACAUCCUGAGAAACUAUAUAGAAAAGGAGUGGGAUCUGAUGAUUAUACUUCCUAUUGUCAAUUAUAAGCAUGUUUUUUAAAAAAGUUCACUCAUUUUGAUCCCACAAUGCCUAAUUAUAGAUAUGGUAUUAGACUGCAAUUUGGGUAAUAACUAAGCCAUUUAUUGUGUGAGAAUUCAGAUGUCUUCAAAAAAUGGUUUCAGUUUUUAAGAAGAUUCUGCAUAAUGGAUAAAUUUGCCAGAAAAUAUAAGGUUUUAGGUAAAAUUAAGCAAUGUGACCCUGUGUUUGGUUAAUGCUUGUUUUCUUGUGUAAGAGUGCAAGAUGCAGAGUAUCACGUUGUAAAGGUGAUAGAUAAGAAUGUGAUAACUGCAGGAUAAAAGCAAAAUUUAUAUAGGGAAUUAAGUAAUUUACGAAAAUUGAGCCAAACAUAAAUAUGUUAUAUUGUUGAGGUAUUCGAAGACGAAUAAAGUGUUUAUAUAUUAUAUGAAUACUACUUGGGAAUUGAUCUAAGAACAUACAUCAAGGAAUCCCAAAUAUAUUAGAUGGCUGAAUAAUCAUCUCAAGGAUUGGACGAGAAAUUGGUUGCAGAUAUUCUAUAUGGAGUUUUAUAAGCAAUACAGCAUAUGCAUUCUAAAGGGGUUUUCCAUCGAGAUAUAAAAAUGGAAAACUUGUUUAUACCAGAAAAGAAGCGUUUGCCAUUUGUAGUAUUAGGCAAUUUCUGCUAUUCUGAAACAACAGAUUCAACCUAGUACAAGAAGUGCGGUACUCCUGGAUUUGUAGCCCCUGAAAUCUUUAGGUCCAAAAAUUACACAAGCAAGGUGGAUUUAUUUUCAUUGGGAAUAAUAUUUUAUCUUUUAGUCUAUGGAAAAUUGCCAUUCGAAGGCAAAGAUUAAGAGGAAAUACUUCGAUCAAAUGAAAAAUGUGAUAUCGACUUUAAAUUUGAAAAAAAAAUAUGUAAAAAAAUAUCCAUAUCUGGCAUGGAUUUACUAAAAGGAUUAUUGAACAAAGAACCAAUUAAAAGAUUGUCAGCUGCUUAAGCACUCAAUCAUCAUUGGUUCAUAAAAAUGGGAACCAGGAACUAAAGAAAUCAAUAUCUUUAAGUCUAAAGAGGAAAAUCUCUGUCAACUAUUAUAGAAAAUUCAGUGGAUAUUACUUAAAGCUAUUACUAAUCAAAUUCCUAAUUGUAUUAAUCUACUAAAGAGGAUGACAAACUAGACAGGGUAGAGAAGGAAUUCAUCAAAGGUAGUCUCUAUGAUAAGUUGCUUUACUUUAAUAGCAUUUAAUAUUAGCCAUCUAAAAUUCGUCGCAUUUAGCAAUCAACCUGA